UAAUGGAAAGGUGUCAGGUGGUAGGUACUACACUCGGUACCUUGCUUAUACGGAGAAACUAACGCGUUCGCUAACAUUAUCGGCAGGUUCCAGAAUCGCCAGGCAAUCAGCAUGCAGCAGUCGUACGGUCGGCAAUUCAGCAUCUGCUGAUCUUGGUUCAGGCCACAUUUCCUCUUCCUUCAGACCCCAUCCGCGGCUUCCUUUUUAGGUGUUUGAUAUGUAAGCCAAGCAGAAACCAAGCCCUCGUCGUCCUGCCACAUAGUCAUGGGAAUAGGCGAUCAAAAAGCUCUCAAUUGCACUUCUUUGAUGGAAAUCGUGCUUCGGGUUCUUUGUCUUCCAAUACCCCAGGUUGCCCUUUUCCCUGUGUUUCCUGGACUGCCAAGCCUUCUCGCCCGAGAUCCUGGCCUCGAGAUCAAGCACUUAUCGAUAAAUGUCCUCUUGCGGCCGCCACUGCUGACACCCCUCGAACCGCAUCGCGUCCUUUGGGAGGACCUUGACCCGGACAGUGGCCAGGUCUCGGGAACCGCGCCCAGACCGACACCAGGCCUCUCGGCAGAUCGAGAAAGUCGAUCCUACCGUCCCGCCGUGGUCUCAAGCCUAAAAGUCUCGGACCAUCGCAACAAGCUCACGCUACCAUGAAGUCGGCCGCUCGCCUCUUUUACCUGUCGGUGUUUGCCCUCUGGGGACCCCAAGUCCGGUGCCAGAAUUCCGAGCGGCCUUCACAAGAUGCCUGCGCGAUCUCGCCCAAAGCCAUUGUCAGCGACGCAUGCGCUUCCUACUCGACCCUCGAGCGGUUGAACCGUAACGUCAAGCCGGCCCUUGACGACCUGACGCAGACGACCGACUUCUUCUCGCACUACAGGGUAAACCUGUUCCACAAGAAAUGCCCCUUCUGGGACGACGGGAAUGGCAUGUGCGGCAACAUCGCCUGCGCCGUCGAGACGCUCGAUAACGAGGACGACAUACCGCCGGUAUGGCGCGCCAGCGAGCUCGGCAAGCUGGAAGGCCCCCGCGCGAGACAUCCGGGCAAGACCGUGCAGAAAGAGGAACCUCAGCGGCCGCUGCGGGGCGGGCUGGGAGCAGAUGUCGGCGAGAGUUGCGUGGUCGAGUACGACGACGAGUGUGACGAACGGGACUAUUGCGUGCCAGAAGACGAGAGCGCGACCUCCAAGGGAGACUAUGUGAGCCUGUUGCGCAAUCCGGAGCGGUUCACCGGCUACACCGGCGUCGGUGCGAAACAGGUCUGGGAUGCCAUCUACAGGGAGAACUGCUUCCAGCGGAGCUCCUUUCCGCACUCGGCAGCGCUUGGCCAUGACACGGCGGCAAAAGGGCCGGCAGCAAUGGAUUUCAGGGCGGUCAUCGAGGCUGCGGGCCGGCAGCAGGCUCUGGAGCAGCAGCGGCAACAGAACCCGCUGACGCCCUUCGUGGCCCAGACGGGCCUGGAGCUCGAGGACGAAUGCCUGGAAAAGCGCGUGUUCUACCGGGUUAUUUCAGGAAUGCACGCGAGCAUCUCGACGCACCUCUGCUGGGACUUUCUCAACCAGACAACCGGGCAGUGGCAACCCAACCUGGACUGCUACGUCAGUCGCUUGCACAAGUUCCCGGACCGCAUCAGCAACCUAUACUUCAACUACGCGCUGGUCACCCGUGCCGUCGCCAAACUUGGGCCGUACCUCUCUGAGCAGCAGGAUUACACCUUCUGCCUGGGCGAUGCUGCACAAGACGCCGAGACACGCACCAAGGUUUUGGCGGUCACAGAGAAGGCGGCGAGCGUGCCGCAGAUCUUUGAUGAGAGCCUCAUGUUCAAGAACGGCGAGGGCCCCUCUCUGAAGGAGGACUUCCGCAACCGCUUCCGCAACGUCAGCCGCCUGAUGGACUGUGUUGGCUGCGACAAGUGCCGCCUCUGGGGCAAACUCCAGACGGCCGGCUACGGGACCGCCCUUAAGGUCCUGUUCGAGUUCGACAACAACGUCAAGCCGCAGGUCCCGGUGCUGAAGCGCACCGAGCUGGUGGCCCUGUUCAACACGUACGCGCGACUGAGCAGCAGCAUGGAGGCCAUCCAGAAGUUCAGAGACAUGGUCAUGCAAGCGGAGGCCGCUGAGAAGUCCGAAGAGCGCCUCCGGGAGGCGGGUGAGGCUCAUGUCAUUCCCGACCAGGCGAAGAAGCCCCAACAUGCCAUUGUGCCGAAAUCUUCGGAGGCAGCGCCGUCUGAAGCGGAGGACGAAGCAUUUGAGGAGUCUGAAUCGUUCGAGGACCGCAGCCGGACCAUCAAGGCCGAAUUCGACGAGGAGCUAGGGAGAGUGAUCAAGGCGUUCAAAUAUGUCCUUAAGAGCUGGAUCAAUUUCCCCGUCACGCUCUGGCACAUUAUCCUAUCAGAGCUGGAGCGGUUCUGGCAAUAUUACCUCGGCUUGCCUGUUUCGCCAAGGUCGUGGGCUUUCGACCCGCCGCAUGUGGAUGAGCUUUGAGAUCAUUUGUUGAUAGAGGGUCCUUUUCUUGGUUGUUUGUCCUAAGAGCUGCGUGUCAUACUAUACGGAGCAUAAGGUAAAGGUCACGGCAUGGCGUUGUGGUGUUAUAGGAAAAAUGUGCUCAGUUUUUGUUUACUCUCGCAGAGUUGAUUUCU